AAGAAGAGCACUCGGUUUCCUGUGAGUGGCGGAAGUUUUCAAUCGAGGGAUAUAAUCCUAAUAUUCAUGUGUUCAUUUUCUGUUCAUCAACUAAAUUAACUUCAUCAAUCAUGUUCUACAGCUUAAAUUGACUCCUGGACUUAAAAAAAUGCCACAUGAAGAAAGCCGCAACAGCCUUUCUGAUUCCUGUAACUUUACGCUGGACCGGAGGAGAGCUCUGACUCUGUCACCAGGGAUCAAACGUGACAACUGUCAGACUGAGAGUCCCCUAAAGAUCCCCAGAGUUUCUACAGCUGAGGAUGUGUGUGUAGAUACAGAGAUGUUUAAAGAUCGGAAAAAGAGCCACUCCAAGAUCCACUGGACACAGCUGGCCUCAAAUGGUACAUCCUCCCAGUCAGAUCCCAAAUCACAAAAAAACAGCAUUAAAAAAUAUCCAGUAUGGCAGGAAAUCCAAAGGCGUCAGGUCAGGGUGGUCUUAGAAGAUGUCCUUCAGACAGAAAUCGGACAGAGACUAAAAUGUAGUGGGCAGAGUUGCAAAAAGACAGACCCAUCAGAGAGCAAAAGACGGAGUGUUCCCACCUCAACAGCUGCGCUUAAAGACGAGAGGAGGACCAGUUUAACAACAAGAGGAGGAACAGACUCUACUGAACCAAAAGAUACUUCACCAUCCCAUAAUCAGACUGAGUCAUACACUGAAAAUGAAUCAUGUCCACACAAGGAAAUCAAAAAUCUGCUUUCCAAACAAAUGAACUCGUCACUGAAACUAUCGGAGUCAUCUGAAGUAUCAAGUAACUCUUGUUCAGCCAGGGAAAGUGACUUACCACAGGCUGUUCAGAUUAGUGAACAGUUGCCAAAACAGACCAAACCAUCUACUUUUGAAGAGAAUGAAGCAUCACUUUUUGAAGGUUCUUCACAGGAUGAGGAAGCACUUUCCUCUGGUUUUGAAAUUGCAUGCAGUCCCUCGUCACCAUUAGCAACGCAGGGUUGCCUGAGAGAGAAAAAAUCUGCAAGUGAGCAUCUACCCAAUAAGAAAGAAAGGAGAGAAACACAAGAGUCUCCAAAGGAUUCUGCAGGAGAUAAGGAAAAUCACUUGUGCAGGAAUGGAGAGGUGGUGCAGGAAGUGGAAGGGAUGAGAGGAAGUGUGUUACGCCUCUCAGUCGGGGCCGACGGGCAAAUCCCAGUCAAAAGAUGUCGUAUGGAUGGCUUCUCAGCUGAACAGGUUCCCAACUCAGACCUCACCUCUGGGAGUACAGAGGGGCGGAGCUUCAUCAUAGAAUCCUCUAAGCUCAACCUAUCUGAAACUAUUGUUCUCUCCAGUGAAGAGGAAGAGGAAAGAGAAGAGGAGGAAUCCUCUGCUUUAAACAUCCAGCCACCGGAGUGUGCAAAAGUCAUGAAUAAAGUAGAUAAAUCAGCAAGAGUUUAUGAGCAGGAAAAUACACCUGAGUGUCACUCUGACAUCAUGGAGAUGGAUGCCCAGAGUUCUGCUGUGAUGGAGCUACAGCUGUCUUCUCUUCACAUGGGUGGAGUUAAUGUCACAUCCGGUGAGAGUAUGGAGAUCAGUACAGACAAGAUCACCUUUUCGUUGAAAGAUUCUUCAGUGAAAAUUUCUAUAUUGACGGCUAGUGUGCGCAAAUACAGUUUGUGGGAGGUGCCUACAUUGAGGGGGUGUGGCCUGGUUAAGGACAAUGAGGUCCCGCCCCCUUCUCUGCUCCUGCUUUGGCUGUCUGAUGCUCAGGCACAAAAGCUACGCGAUGACCUGUCUGUCAUCGAGUCAGGCACACGUCCAGCUGAAGGCAGUACAUGUGUGUUGCUGUGUUUGGCUGAACCUGUAAGUGGUGUUGAGAGUGCGGUCUUGGCCUCUUUAAUGGACUUAGUGGGUUUGAAGCAGAGCAGCUCCGACCUCUUGUGCCCCCUCACACAGCCAGACAGCCUGAAACUGCUGCAGAGCUCCCAGGAAACACACCUGCUCCAGCUGCUGACGCCCAAAAUUGAAGCCCAAACUAGCACUGCUGCGCAUGCAGCUGUAUCUGCUGUGAAGUCUCAGGAUUCUGAUGUUCAUUUGAAGCCAGUCUACACACUGUGCCAUAAAAGAGCUCAGGGUUCAUACAGUGUUUCCUUGGCAUCUACCCUCGGGGCAGAAUGGACACCGUACCGACACUGUGUUCCAGCACGCAGGUUGAUUCUGUUCCCUCCUCCACCCUCGAAAGGAGCCAUCACCGUGACGACAGAGGACCUGGAAUGUUUAGACAGCGGCGAGUUUCUUAAUGACGUCAUCAUCGACUUCUACCUCAAGUAUCUCAUGGUGCGAAAGGCCCCACAGGCAUCUGUAAACAGAUCCCAUGUUUUCAGCAGUUUUUUCUAUAAGCAGCUCACACGCAGAGACAAUGCUAAUGAAGACAGUACAAGCACACCAGCUCAGGUCAGAAGGCAUCAGCGUGUGAGGACAUGGACCCGUCAUGUAGACAUCUUUGACAAAGACUUCCUGUUUGUGCCUGUCAAUCAAGAAGCUCACUGGUACCUCGUGGUGAUCUGUUUCCCCGGGUUAGAAGAGCCGCAGUAUGUGAAGAGGGACGGCAGAGGCUCUGUGCAGAGCGAUGGAAGUGAAGGUUUGGGUGAGUCUGAGGGGGAGAUGCAGGGAGAGAAUAGAUCCAACAGUGAUGACGACAAAAAUACAGAUGACAGUCAUAUAAAGUCAAGCACGUCUCAUACUCUCAACUGUACGGAAAAUACCUGCAAGAGACACACUGUGUGUAAAAGACCAUGUAUUCUCAUAAUGGAUUCCCUGAAGUUGUCGGUUCAUGAACGUAUCUUCAAACUCUUGCGCGAAUACCUUCAGGUGGAGUGGGAGGUAAAGAGAGGUGGUUAUCGUGACUUUAGUGUUGACCACAUGGUAGGUUCCCACUGUAAGGUCCCCCUACAGGACAACAGCAGUGACUGUGGCCUUUACCUGCUACAAUAUGCUGAAAGUUUUUUACAGGACCCUGUACUACACUUUGACUUGCCGUUGAGAUUGGAGCGCUGGUUUCCACGGCAACAGGUGCGAGGCAAACGGGAGGAGAUUCGAGACCUCAUUCUAAACCUGUACAGAUUUCAGAAAGGCUCUUUGGGAAAUGAAGCUCUAGAAGAUGGAACAGAUCAUGGAAAUGUCACUCAGUGAUGUAAAGCUUUUAGGAACACAUUAUUAUUUUACUUUGGAUGUAUUUAUAUUUUAGCUGAUUUUGAAACUUUUAUAUUUUAUGCUUUUGUAUACAUUGUUGGAAAAACUUUAGAAAGAAAUAAAUGUUGAUCAAAUGAAA